CCGCUACAAACCCCGCCAGCCCGACAUGCCUUAGGGCCCUGGUCAGCUUGAGACACCUCCAGCUUCGAUGAUUGUCGGGACCCGCCUCGAUUCGUUGCUGUGGGAAAAGCUUAUCGACCUAUCGUGGGCAGGGAUGUUCGUGGUCCAGUUGGGCCGCCCGAGUCACCAGGGGCUGAGCAUGGGCCCAUGACAGUGCAUGAGUUGCCUGCCCGGCGACACGAUAUUUAUCCCCAAGCUCUCCACCUGGGGACUCGAUCACUGUCUCGAUUUCCAACCAAGAUAAGCGAGUGAUGAAGGCGCCAGGAUGAAGAACAGGCAGAAGUCGAGAAGCGGUUGCCGGACCUGCAAGCUCAGGAGGCUAAGGUGUGAUGAAACUAAACCUGGAUGCCGGAAUUGUGCCCAAAAAGGGGUCGAAUGUCCCGGCUAUCAGCAGCGUCUCCAGUGGUCUACCAAACACGAAAUAAGACCGACAACAACACAGCCAAGCGGUCCUGCGAACUUCACACAGCUCGUCAACGCCGCAUCCAAGUCCAUUGUCUCCGCCCCAAACUCCACAAAGGCUGCCGAGACCUCUACCCAUGAUGGAUUCAAGACCUCGACCGUGGUCACCAUGUCCACUGGCCGACUCUCUGUUCCACCCGUCACCCCGUCAGCCUCCGCAUCACCGCCCGCCUAUUCUUGCUCCUCCUCUUCCUCAUCUGCGCCCUCCCCUUUGACCCAAUGGGAAGAACCAACGGCCGCCGCCGUUGUUGAAAGCAAUGCUGCUUUGGUUCCCGUGGCACCCACAUCGGAGCCAGCAUUGCCUGAAGAGCCUGGUCAACCGCCCGAGUUGUCCGUGUCCCAGCCGGUGGUGGACAUUCCGACGUUUCUCAUUGAGCACUGGUUCAAAUCGGUUUGCUCUUCGUGGUCGGCACUCGACUCUCAAACCAAUCCAUAUCGGCGGCUGACAGCCAAUCUGUGGCACAACUCCACCCCGGUGUUCUACGCCCUGCAAGCGAUCUCGGCGGCUUCCCUUGUCGAGCGACUCCCACACAUCAUGCAUGAUACGGCUAGGUCGGCUCCAGGCAGAGCCGCCGAAGCUAUUCAGAAAGAGCUUGUCGCCUUUUCCACUGGCUCCCGCCCAAAGUUUCCCAGCGAACUCCUCCUGGCGCUGUUUUGCAUGAGCUCCUCGAUGUGCUGGAUGGAGUCUCGCCUGCUGGGACAACAAUUUGUCAGGCAAGCGCGGGCCGUGCUAAAGUCUAUAGACAGAUUGACGCUGGACGUCGAAGCGCAGGAGCUGCUCGACUUCUUCAAUGGAUGUCUGGUUUACGAGGAGAUGCUCCGCAGUGUUGUGAGCGACGACGAGAUUGACUUCGAACACAUGCUGAGUUGGCCAGAGCCGGCAAGCCAACGGCCACUCAUACCAGCCGUUCCGCAUGCAUGGACCGGUGUUUCAUCUGACGUUCUGAGAUUGUUUGGGAAGGCGAUGGCGUUGUCUCGGAGAUCCCGCACACGAUGGAGGCAGAACGAUGGGACAAGCUACGAGGUUCUCCAGCGCGCAAUGAAGGACAUCGAGGAAGCGGCAAAGAUCGAAGAGGCCCUGCUGUCGGUCGAAGCCCCCCUGCUUCCCGAAGACGGGCAACCCUCGCAGACCAGCAGCCGGCUUCGAGACUUGCAUUAUGCCACCGAGGCAUACCGUUUGUGUGCGCUCCUGCAGCUCUACGAAAGCUUCCCGGAUCUAAGCACUAAACGGAUACCAACCCUGAAGGACGCGGACAGGUCCGCUGUUUGGCAUGCGUGGGUGUCUCCGCUCGCCUUGCACAUCACUGAUAUUCUCGGCAAAGUUCCGCCUGGGAACUUGUGCUGUAUUCAACCUCUCCUCUGCAUCUGCGCCGGCAGCGGCCUUCGUUAUGACAGCAAAGUUCCUCUAGGGCGGGGCCGUCAGAGUUAUCUUCUGGCCCCGGAUCCGGAAACACAACCGAUCAUACCAACCACGCCAGUCCCUGCCGCGACUGAUCCCCCGUUGCCUAACUCUACCAUCUCGGUCAACGCAAUCAAGACGUCACAAGCGCGCCAAUUCGUAAUGGACCGUCUGGCUCAACUCGAGCUCAAUCUGCCUCCAAAACCGAUCGGGGUCGCAAAACAGCUCAUGCGUGCCGUCUGGAGCGCAUAUGAUGAAGAGAUUGGUCUCAAUCGAAGGACACACUGGCUUGAUGUGAUGAGCUCGACAGGGCUACACAGUAUCUUCGGCUGAAAAGUGUAGCGAAUGGGGACAAAGGUCCGAGGGCGAGCCGCGACAGCCUCGUGAGGAUCACGUUGAAGAGCCUCAACUCUCCUUUAGGCUCCGUGAGUUCACGACGACGGGCCGCUUCGGGGUGCCGGACGCCUAGGCCCGCCUUCUUCACUCAAUGAAGGUUGACGCCCAUUCUCUGUGGCUAUUCCGCAUACCUUGGAGACAUGAUGCCAUAUUGGGCUUCGACUGAAGCUGACUCGUCAUUA